AACCACUCCAAGUUUGGAAGAGAACCAGACUUGUUGCUUCUUCUGCAGCAGCAGAAAACCAGGGCGCUGUUGCUCGCGAAUAUGGACUCGGUGCUGGACCCCUUUUCCGGACUCGACUCUCUCUCCUCUCCUCCUUAUUUUGACGAUGCCGAAUUUUUCGCGGACCAGUCGUCGCGGGACGGCCACCUGGACGCGGAUGACUUCUUGGAGGAGGACGUGAACUUCCUGGCCGCGCACCUGCAGGACUAUUACAGCAGGGACGGCGGCGGCAGAGCGGCGCCUCUGGACGGGGAUUAUGACGUGGCCAGCCUGUCCUUCUCCUCCUCGUCCUCCACCUUGUCGUACGGAUGCGCAGACAGCACCCCGGAGCGUUCCCCCCGCAGGGAGCUGGCCGGGGGCGCGCUGCUGCGGCGGCGCAGGCGCCUGCGCUCCGAGCUGGAGCUGCAGCAGCUGCGACAGGCGGCCAACGUGCGGGAGCGCCGCCGCAUGCAGUCCAUCAACGACGCGUUCGAGGGGCUGCGCUCCCACAUCCCCACGCUGCCCUACGAGAAGAGGCUCUCCAAGGUGGACACGCUGCGGCUCGCCAUCGGUUACAUCAACUUCCUGGCGGAGCUGGUGGAGUCUGAUCUGCCCAUCCGAAACUCCAGCAGCGAGUCCCACGCACAGCCCAAAAAGGUCAUCAUCUGCCACAGAGGAACACGGCCUCCCUCCCCGAGCGACCCGGACUACGGCCUCCCCCCGCUGGCCGGACACUCCCUGUCCUGGUCCGACGAGAAGCAGCUCCGGGAGCAGAACAUCAUCCGGACCGCCAAGGUGUGGACGCCGGAAGACCCGCAGAAGCUGCACAGCAAGGCCGGCUGGACGAACCUGGAGAACGAGCCUCCGUUCGGCCUGGUGACCUGAACGCGCGGCCCGCGCGGAGCUGGACUGUCCCCGACACGCACUCCGUGGACGCGCAGCCAUCACGGUCAUGUCUGUGUACGAGCCUGCUGCUUUUGUAAAUACUUUUAACAUUUUGAUCAUUUCAUUUUCGAAUAUGAAGCAAGAGGCAAUCAUCUAUUUAUUUUUUCCACGGUUGAU